CCCCUUCCUUCCUCACCCAUACACUCUCCAUGGUUGGGUUUGUGUUGUGUGGCGCCUCUCCUUCCACCCAACCCAACCAAGAAACGGAGUAGAGAGAGAGGCCCGGUUCCGUCUCCAAGCUCCAGCUCAAAGAACUCCAUGGCCGCCAUGGACCUCCUCUCCUGCAAGCUCCUCCGCUCCCUCCGCCUCCACUCCCCGCUGCUGCCGUCCCCUCCCUCCCGCUCCCUCCCCACGCGCCGCCGGCGCCGGCGCCCUGCUCCCCUCCACUGCCGCCUCACCACCUCAUCCUCGCCCUCCACCUCAACCACCACGACAACCUCCGAGGAGGAGGGGGAGGCGAAAAGCCAGGACCUUUCCUCCCUCCUCUCCUCGUCCGACGCCUCCGCCUCUUCCGCCGCCGCCGGAACCGGCAAGAAGAAGCGGUCGAGCAGCGGCGCUUCGAGCAUCCCGUCCGGGGUGCGGCUCGAGGGAAUCUCCAAGUCCUACAAGGGCGUGACAGUGCUCAAGGACGUGUCCUGGGAGGUGCAGCGCGGCGAGAAGGUGGGCCUCGUCGGCGUCAAUGGCGCCGGCAAGACGACGCAGCUCCGCAUCAUCGCGGGGCUCGAGGAGCCCGACAGCGGCACCGUCAUCAAGGCCAAGGACAAUAUGAAGAUCGCCUUCCUCAGUCAGGAGUUCGAGGUCUCCGCCUCCCGCACCGUCAGGGAGGAGUUUUUCAGCGCCUUCGAGGAGGAGAUGGAGGUCAAGCGCCGUCUCGACCAGGUGCAGGCCGCGCUCGAGGGCGCCACCGAGGAUAUGGACCUCAUGGGGCGGCUGCUCGACGAGCUAGACCUCCUGCAGCGCCGCUCCCAGGAUGUGGACCUCGACAUGGUGGAGGUCAAGGUGCAGAGGCUCAUGCCGGAGCUCGGGUUCGCACCUGAGGACGCCGACCGCCUAGUCGCCUCCUUCAGUGGCGGGUGGCAGAUGAGGAUGUCGCUCGGCAAGAUACUUCUUCAGGAUCCUGAUUUGCUGCUGCUUGAUGAACCUACAAACCAUGUUGAUUUGGAUACCAUUGAGUGGCUGGAGAGCUAUCUGAAGACACAGGAUGUGCCGAUGGUCAUCAUAUCUCACGACAGGGCUUUUCUUGAUCAGUUGUGUACGAAGAUUGUAGAGACUGAAUUUGGUGUCUCCAAAACGUACAAGGGUAACUAUUCACAAUACAUUCUAGCAAAGGAGAUAUGGGUGCAGACUCAGUAUGCUGCGUGGGAGAAGCAGCAGAAGGAGAUUGAGCAGACAAAGGAACUGAUAAACAGACUUGGAGCUGGAGUUAAUGCAGGGCGUGCUUCGAGUGAGCAGAAGAAAUUGGAAAAGCUUGAAAAAGAAGGGUUGAUUGAGAAACCUUUCCAAAGGAAGCAAUUAAAGAUCAGAUUCCCUGAGCGUGGAAGAAGUGGUAGAACUGUGUUAGCGAUAAAGAAUCUUCAAUUCGGAUUCGAGGAUAAGACAUUGUUCAACAAUGCUAAUCUAAUAGUCGAGAGAGGUGAAAAGAUAGCUAUUAUUGGCCCCAAUGGAUGUGGUAAGAGCACACUGCUUAAACUUAUUUUGGGGAUGGAGAAGCCACAAGGUGGCGAAGUGAUUCUUGGGGAUCACAAUGUGCUGCCAAACUAUUUCGAGCAGAAUCAGGCCGAAGCUCUUGACUUGGAUAAAACUGUGCUAGAUACUGUAGCAGAAGCUGCAGAAGAUUGGAAACUUGACGAGAUCAAAGGUCUCCUUGGUCGUUGUAAUUUCAGGGAUGACAUGCUUGAUAGAAAAGUUCAAUUUUUAAGUGGGGGAGAGAAGGCGAGGCUUGCCUUUUGCAAGUUCAUGGUGACUCCAUCUACUUUACUCAUCUUGGAUGAACCAACAAACCACCUUGAUAUCCCAUCAAAAGAAAUGCUUGAGGAGGCAAUAUCGGAAUAUGCAGGUACUGUGAUAACAGUUUCUCAUGACCGUUACUUCGUAAAACAAAUUGUUAACAGAGUCAUUGAAGUGAAAGAUCAGACUAUCCAGGACUAUCAAGGAGAUUAUAAUUAUUACCUUGAAAGGAACCUUGAGGCCAGAGAAAGGGAACUCGCCCGUGAGGAAGAGCUUGAAGAGAAAGCCCCCAAAGUAAAGGCCAAAUCAAAAAUGUCGAAGGCAGAAAAAAUUGCCAGAAAGAAGCAGAAGAUGCAGGCCUUCCAACAAAGCAAGCAAAAAUCGAAGUCGCUUAAAAACGCAAAGAGGUGGCAGUGAGGUUUCGUGGUUCCUCAUAGAGGCAUUCGCAGUGCCGUAUACUAUUCACGACACCGGUACAAGGCAGACACCAGUAAUUGCUUCUCUGCCUGUUCUGCUGCAUGCUACAAUCGGUAAAUUAACAGAAGCACAGGGAUGCAUCAGCAAGGAAGUAGUCCUGCUAGCGCCAUAGAAGACCGGAAGUACUGUAACUAAGCAGGAAACAUUGUAUGACCUUGUACAUAAUACAGGCAGUUUCUGAAGGAGGCAUGUAUUAUUUUGCAAUCAAUAGAAAUGCCAGUAUGUUCUUUGUCACUCCUACAGUAGAACCACACAUUGUACAGUGCCAUUGAUCACGGCCAAUUCUUUUCUCAUGUACAAGCUGUACUAAUUGGUAUGCCUUAAAUAUAAAGGAUGCAAAUCAGGUUAGUUCA